AUGGCUGAGAUCAAGGCCUUGCGCUUUGAGCACCAUCCUUCGGGAUUGGGCAUACAAUGCUCUUCACCUCGUAUCUCCUGGAUGUUCGCCGCUGUUGAUGAGUCCAUCUACGACUGGACUCAAUCUCAGUAUGAAAUUACCGUUUAUCGUGAUGGCCUGCAAGAAAACUUCAUUGUUCAAAGUGCCCAGUCGUCUUUGGUCCCUUGGCCGAGCAUGCCGUUACAGUCGCGCGAACAAGCCAAGGUGCGAGUUCGAGUCUGUGGUACCUGGAUCAAUAAAGAAACCAGACUUGCACACCCAGGUUGGUCUGCCUGGUCAACUUGGCAAACGGUGGAAUGUAGCCUUCUCAGCUCGCAUGAUUGGACUGCAGUGCCUAUCUCCAGCCCCUUCAAUCCUUCAAGCCAAGAAGAUGAGCCCUUGAGGCCCUUACUUUUCCGGAAGGCAUUUGCACUACCCGCCACGUUUGGCUCCGUGUCACGCGCUCGACUAUAUAUCACAGCUUUUGGUGUCUAUCAGGCAUAUCUCAAUGGAUGUAGAAUCGGUGAUCAUGAGAUGGCGCCUGGGUGGACAAGCUACCACCAUCGCCUUGCAUAUCAAGUUUUUGACAUCGACUCGUUAAUCAACGUGAAUGGCAACAAUGUGUUGAGCAUUGAGGUGGCAGAAGGCUGGUAUGCGGGCCGAUUGGGAUUCGGUGGUGGCAAGCGGUAUAUCUAUGGAGACCGGAUGGCUGUGAUGGCCCAGUUGGAGGUCGAUGGGCCUACGGGUGGACGGCUCCAAAUUGCCUCGGACAUUAGCUGGAAGUGUCACCCAAGUCCUACUAUCAGAAGUGAAAUCUACAAUGGCGAGACCUAUGACGUGCGAGCUGAAGUGAAAGACUGGCAUCAAUAUGGACCUCAUUAUAUUGAUGCGGACUGGGACGCAGUCUCCGUUCUGGACUUUCCUCGGGCGCAAUUAUACACGCCAGACGCUCCUCCAGUCCGAGUCACGGAGAUCUUGGCACCUCAGGAAAUAUUCACCACACCAACUGGCCGGACAAUUCUUGACUUUGGGCAGAAUCUAGUUGGCAAGCUUUGCAUACAUGCGCUUCCAGCGAACGCGACUGUGAUCUUCACUCACGCAGAGGUCAUGGAAGACGACGAAGAAUUGGGAACACGACCCCUACGUCGUGCCCAAUGCGUUGACAAGGUUAUCACAUCUGGGCAGACGGUGAUUGAUUGGUCGCCAAAGUUCACCUUUCACGGGUUUCGCUUUGUCCAAGUCGAUGGAUGGGACCCCCAAACGGAGCAAUCCUGGCAGAGCAACAUCCAGGCGCUGGUGAUCCACACUGAUUUUAAGCGGACUGGGCAAUUCGAAUGUUCUGACAUGGCUGUCAACCAGCUGCAUCAGAAUGCCUGUUGGAGUAUGCGCGGGAAUUUUCUGUCUAUUCCCACGGAUUGUCCCCAACGGGACGAACGCUUAGGAUGGACGGGAGACAUUCAAGUGUUCGGCCCAUCUGCAACAUUUCUCUACGACUCAAUUGGCAUGCUUUCAGAGUGGAUGGAAGAUGUAGCUUGUGAACAGUCAGAUCACAACGGGGUACCCCCUCUAGUGGUCCCUAACAUCCUGGACCAUGUGUGGCCAUCCAUUCCCCAGGCCGUGUGGGAUGACGUGGUGAUCAUUCUUCCGUGGGUUUUAUAUAUUUCUUCUGGCGAUCGUGAUAUUUUACAUCGACAAUAUCCAAGUAUGACCUUGUGGUUGGACCAAGGAGUUCGUCGAGGCCCCGACGGACUGUGGGAUCCCGAAUUAUGGCAAUUGGGCGACUGGCUCGACCCCCAGGCACCGCCUGACGAGCCUGGAGACUGUCGAACGAGCGGCACACUGGUGGCAGAUGCAUAUCUUGUCCAUGCCACAUCUCUAAUGGCGGAGAUUGCCUCGAUCCUCGAGAGAGAGACAGAGAGCACACAUUACAGCUGCAAAGCUCAGCGUCUCCGUGCCCUUUUCCAAGACAAGUAUAUAGCGCCAUCGGGCCUCAUAGUCGGUGACUCUCAGACAGCCUAUUCGUUAGCAAUUGUCUUUGGUCUUUUGUCCACACAGAGCCAAUUUGAGACAGCGAGGCGUCAGCUUGCUGCCCGCGUACGCAUGGCAAAGUUUCGUGUAGCGACGGGGUUCGCUGGCACACCUGUGAUUUUACGGGCUCUCACCGAAACAAAGAAUCUCUCGUUGGCCUAUAGAAUGCUCCUCGAAAACGGCUGCCCAUCGUGGUUAUACCCUAUUACGAUGGGAGCAACCACUAUCUGGGAAAGGUGGGACAGUAUGCUCCCCAACGGGUCAAUAAACCCCGGUGAAAUGACUUCUUUCAAUCAUUAUGCAUUGGGGUCUGUGGUUAACUGGCUUCACGAGACAGUCGGCGGAUUGAAGCCGCUAGAAGCCGGCUGGAAGACUGCUCUAGUAUCCCCACAGCCAGGAGGCUCGUUAUCGCAUGCUUCGGUAUCAUAUGAUAGCGUCUACGGCCGAUGGAGCUGCCAGUGGAAAUUGGUUCAAGAUGCGGAUCAAGACGAAGCAGUCACAUUCUGUUUGGAUUUGAUUGUCCCCCCAAACUGCAAGGCUGUAGUUAAGCUCCAAGCUGGUGAAGAUGGUAUCGGUAAACUUGACGAGGAUGUGGGCUCUGGAAAGUACCAGUGGAGGAUUCCUUUCCUUCCUUUACCAUGGCCGCCCCAGGCCACUGCCCCAUUCAUAACAAACCCCGGACAGAAUGUGAAAUAG